AAGCUUAUGCAUUAUAAGAUCACAGCAAGAGAUACAUAGCAAAAAGCAAUAUUAAAAUGGAGGUUAUUAAAGAGUUCCGUUGGGCAUUGCUAGUGAUGAUGGUUUUAUUAUUACAUGGAAGUUGGCACUCUUAUGGUUGUUGGGAGACUGAAAGAAUUGCUCUCUUGCAACUCCAAGCUCAUUUCAAUUAUUCUAUUCAGUUUGACUAUUAUAAUUAUUGGUGGGACUACGAUUAUUCUGACGAUGUCAAGUGCUGUAACUGGGAAAGAGUCAGGUGCAGUGCCGCUACAGGGCAUGUUACCCAAGUCUCACUUUGGGGAAUAAGAGGUUGGAAUUCCUUCGAACAUUGGUAUCUAAAUGCCUCUUUGUUUCUUCCCUUCCAACAGCUGAAGAAGCUUGACUUAUCCGAUAACAACAUAGCUGGUUGCCUGAAGAAUGAAGGUUUUGAAAAGUUAUCAACGCUUGAGAAUUUUGAGUUUCUUGAUUUAGGUGUUAAUAACUUCAACACUAACAUUUUAUCAUCUCUAAGUCAUCUCUCAUCUUUGAAAUAUUUAUAUCUAUAUGGAAAUGAAAUGAAAGGAAGAAUUGAUAUUCAAGAAUUGAAUAAUCUAACAAAUCUGAAAAAGUUGAGUAUACCGGACAACAAAAUUGAAGGCUUUAAAUCUUUACAUGGUGGUGAAAAAUUACUAAACAUGAGCAAUCUGGAGUAUCUUUAUUUGAGUUACAAUAACUUUAGUAAUGAUAUUUUAUCAUCCAUUAAGGGGCUCUCAUCUCUCAAAACUCUAUGGAUAGGAUAUAAUCUAUUGAAAGGACCAUUCAAUUUGACAGAAUUGGAUGCGAUGAGCAAUCUAGAGGAGCUGAGCUUGAGCAGAAAUAACAUUACAAAAUUUAUCAGCUCAAGAGAAAUCAGAAGUCCAAAAAAUUUGAGCAUCCUUUAUUUAGAUGACAUCACCGUAGAAGGAAGAAGCAUGCUAUUAGAAUCAUUGGGAGCAUUGACCCAUCUCAAGACCCUCUAUCUAAGAGACAGUAAUUUCAAAGGGACAAUAUUUGAUCAAGGUUCUAAAGUGAUAAAUGUGAAAGAGCUGUAUUUAGACGGGUCUUCCCUAGAUGAAAACCUUCUCCAAAGUCUUGAAGUAUUAUCUUCUCUUAGGCUUUUGUCUUUACGUGAAUUGAAUUGCAUCCUACCAAUCCAAGGCUUGCCACAUCUGAAGGAUUUGGAGCAUUUGCAUUUGGAUUACUCUAUUGUCAACACUAAUUUUCUACAAUCAAUUGGAGAGUUGUCCUCCCUUCAAACAUUAUCAUUGUGCAAUUGUGGACUUAAUAGUACAACGUUUCUAAACCAAGGUUUGUGCGAAUUAAUACAUCUCCAAAUGCUAGAUAUUAGCUACAAUGAUUUCAGUGGUAGCUUGCCUUUGUGUCUAGUGAAUUUGACAUCCCUUCAAUGGCUAGAUCUCUCUUCCAAUCACUUUAUUGGGAACAUCUCUUCAUCUCCACUUAGGGGUUUAAAAAAUCUCGAACAUCUAUCACUCUCAAACAAUCUUUUCCAAAUCCCAAUCUCAUUAAGUCCAUUUUUCAACCAUUCAAAGCUCAAGUUCUUGAAUGGUGGGGGUAACAAAAUAUAUGCAGAAAUAAAUCAUCAGAAUUUGAGCCCAAUGUUUCAGUUAGAGAGGCUUAUUUUAUCUGGUCGUGGGUAUAGUGGAGCAUUCCCCAAAUUCCUCUAUCAUCAAUAUAACCUACAACUUGUUGAUCUGUCACAUAUUCAAAUCAAAGAAGGGUUUCCAUCUUGGUUGUUACAUAACAACACAAAAUUAGAAGAACUUUACUUGAUCAACAAUUCUCUCUUAGGGCCUCUCCAAUUACCACUUCAUUUUCAUACGAAUUUGUCAUACUUAGAUAUCUCAGACAAUUGCUUCCAAGGUUAUAUUGCACCAAUGAUAGGAACAUAUCUGCCAAGAGUAAGAUAUGUAAACAUGUCGGGAAAUGGUUUUAGAGGUAGUAUUCCCUCUUCAUUUGGAAAUAUGAGCUUACUGCAAACCUUAGACUUAUCCAACAAUAAAUUGUCAGGUAGUAUACCAGAGUAUUUAACCAUUGGUUGUAUCUCAUUAGUUGAGCUCAUACUUUCAAACAACAGUUUACAAGGCCAAAUAUUUUCUAGAACCUUUAACUUAAGAUUUUUGAGAGAGUUACAAUUGGAUGGCAAUCAAUUCACUGGCAGCAUUCCACAUAGCUUGUCUAACUGCACUUUUUUACGAGUGUUGGAUCUUAGUCAUAACGACAUAUCUGGUAAAAUUCCAUGGUGGUUGGGGAACAUGUCUUAUCUUGAGAUUUUGGAUCUUUCAAUGAAUAAUAUCUCUAGAAAUAUAGCAUCUAACUUUUGCCCUUCAAACAUACGAGAACUUUAUUUAUCUAGAAAUGGGCUUCAAGGAUCUCUGAAGGAUGCAUUUUAUGAUUGCUUUGAGCUGAUUGUGUUAGAUCUUAGCCAUAAUAAUAUGACUGGAAGCAUUCCAUCAUGGAUUGGAAAAUUUUCUUACUUGAGCUAUCUAAUCUUGGCUCAUAACAAUAUUGAAGAGGAAAUUCCAAUUCAAUUGUGCAAUUUGACUCAAUUAAGUUUGGUUGAUCUUUCUCAUAAUCAUCUUUCUGGUCCUAUUCUCCCUUGUCUAAGGUCUACAAGCAACUCAUACAGACAACAAGAAGGUUCAUAUAAUGCUUCUGCUUCUGUUUCUAUGGAUGAACCUUUAGAGUUCACAACAAAGAGUAUAUCCUACUCUUACAAAGGAAGCAUACUAUCUUAUAUUUCUGGAAUUGAUCUCUCAUGUAACCAUUUGACAGGACAAAUUCCUAUUGAAAUUGGAAACUUCAAAGAGAUCCAUGUACUGAAUUUGUCUCACAAUAGUUUGACAGGAAAAAUCCCUACAUCAUUUUACAACUUACGUCAAAUUGAGAGCUUGGAUCUUUCGCACAACAACUUGAAAGGGAACAUCCCUUCUCAGCUUACUGAGUUAUAUUUUUUAGUAGUUUUCAAUGUGUCAUACAAUAAUUUAUCUGGCAAGAUACCCGAUGUUAAACAAUUUGCAACAUUUGAUGAAAGCAGCUAUCGAGGAAACCUUUUUCUCUAUGGAUGUCCAUUGAUGAAAAAUUGUACUGAAAUAUCAUUACCUCCAUCAAAAUCAAGAACUUCAAUUGAGAAUAAAGAAAGCAGUUGCUUCAUCGAUAAGGAUGCUUUCCAUGCGAGUUUUGGGGUGACUUACAUUAUGGUGUUGUUGGUAAUAGCUGCAGUUUUGUACAUAAAUCCAUAUUGGCGACAAGUAUGGUUUUACUACAUUGAGAAAGCUGCUACAUGGUCUAUUAUUUUAUUUCUUUAA